CCCACAUCUAUCUGCUUUGGGCUCUUUUCGUGAACGCAUCCAGCUCUGAGCUCUACCCUUUAUUCUCAGUAUCACACCCGCUGCCUGCGUAAAAAACAGCGCACCACUCGGAAAUGUAGUUAUUCUCGCGCAAAAAUAGCGGUCACCAGAAAAUGGACCUUAAAGCCGAGCUUCUCAAGUCGAUUUGGUACGCUUUCACAUCGCUGGACGUGGAGAGGUGCGGGAAAGUCUCCAAAUCUCAGUUAAAGGUCCUUUCCCACAACCUCUAUACAGUUCUGAACAUCCCACAUGACCCAGUCGCCUUGGAGGAGCAUUUCCAGGAUGAUGAUGAUGGGCCAGUUUCUAACCAUGGCUACAUGCCCUACCUCAACAAAUAUAUACUCGAUAAGGUGAAAGAGGGGAUGUUUGACAAAGAAAGGUUUGACGACCUAUGCUGGAUGAUGACCAUGAAGAAGAACUUUAAAAUGUCGCAGAGGUUCCUGCUGUCGGAGAAGGAUUGCUUUAAGCUCUUCUGUUUGUUCAACCUCCUGUCUGAAGAUAGCUACCCGCUAGUGAUGAUCACAGAGGAGGUAGAGUAUCUCAUCAAGAAAAUCUCCACAGCAAUGAACCAAGAGUGGGAUACAAAGCCCUUAGAAGACCUUAUAUCUCAGGAUCCCACUGUGCAUGAAGAGGGCAUGUCUGUGUGGACGUUCCUGGAGCAUAUGUGUACAGGCCGGCUGCUUCGGGUCACUAGUGCGGAGGCCUUCAGCUUGGCUUUGGAGGAGGUCUUCCUGGAGAUGUAUCACAACGUCCUAAAGAGGGGUUACAUGUGGAAGAAGGGGCACAUGCGCAGGAACUGGACCGAGCGCUGGUUCGUGCUGAUGCCCUCCUCCAUAGCUUACUAUGUCAGCGAGGACUUGAAAGACAAGCGAGGGGAAAUUCAGCUGGAUAAGAACUGUGUGGUAGAGCCUGUUCCAGACAGGGAGGGGAAACGCUGCCUCUUCUGCGUGAAAACCCACAACAAAACCUACGAAAUGAGCGCCUCUGACCAGAAGCAGAAGGUGGAGUGGACUCAAGCUAUUCAAACUGCCCUCCGUCUUCAGCGAGAAGGUAAAUCCUCUCUUCACCACGAACUUAAGCUGAAACGCCGCAUCCAGCGGGAACAGAGCAACCGGGAGCGCAGCCGGAGCACCCGGAGCAGCUGCAGCAGCCGCAGCAGCCGGAGCAGCCAGUCCGACGACUUAAGCUUCCAGGAGAUGGAGAGGAUGGAGAAAGAGAAGCAGGAUUUGGAAAUCGAAAGCAUCAUUCAGCAUGCCCGAGAGUUGGAGAUUCGCAGAAGGGAGACGGAGGAGAGGGAGAGGAGGAAACAGAGAGAGGUGCAAAUGGAUUUGGAGAGACAGCUGAAAGAAGCUGAGAUGAUGAGGGACAGCAUGCAGGCCGAGAUCCAGGAAAGGGAAAGAAAGGCUGAGCAGCAGAAGAUAAGGAUCCAGGAACUAGAGGUGACGCAGCAGAAGUUGGAAGCAGCUCUAAACAUGGAGAUUCAGGCUCGGCUGGAGGAGGAGAGGGCCAGACAGGAGCUGGAGAGAUUGCUUGAGGCUGAAGAUGAGAAGAGGAGGCAGUUUCAGAUCCUCCAGGAGCAGGACAAGAUCCUCCAGAACUUUAGCUCCACACACGAAGCCUCCAACGGAGCAGUAGAUGACAGCACCCCUUCGGCCCUCUACUCAGCCUCUCUGGAGCUUCAGAAUUUACAGGCGUCUCGUCAGAGGAGCCAUCAGCGUCUUGAGGAGAUGCAGGAGAGGCUGAGAGAUGCCAGUCAGCACGUACGGCACUGGAACGUCCAGCUGAACCGUCUGAUGAAGCCUAUCUCUCCUGCAGAACGUUUGGAAAGUCGUCUGCAAUCGAAAAAUACAUGUCCCAAAAAGGAGGGAGCGCUGGCCAGCAACGAGUUCAUCUGUAAAUACAAGAUAAGGAACGAACAGAACAACAGGUUACAAGAAGAGGAGUCUGAAAGCCUGGAGGUGCAGCUGGAAACCCCCUGCCUGUCAGGGGAAUCAGGAUGUUAGGGUUUUCAUGCAUUUCAUAUGUAAUUUAUCUUAAGAUAGAACAAUACUGUAAUUACACUCUGAACACUUGCAGUGUAAUAAAAUGCAAUAAAAAAAGCUUUCCUUCGAAGAAGAUAGAAGUGUGUGAAUGAAUUACAGGGGAACCCCAUUAGAAAGAUGUGAUCAUGACAGAUAAAAGAAUAAAAACCAAUUCUUUCUAAAAGGCAUUAAAGAGGAAAUGUUCACACAGAAAGAGUUGAGUCAUAUUUAGAAGAGCGGGAUGAUAAUCAAAAAUAACAAUCUGAUUGGCAGCCACUAAAAAUAAUAGUUUUGUACAAUUAAUUCUCUGUUGCAUCUGGGAAAAAAAGUUUUGUCAUGUUUAUUGUAAGAGUUCAAAGUCUGUAUCUAUUUUUAAUGGUUUUCUUUUGCUCUUUUCUGGCUGUCAUUUUGUGGUCGAACAAAUAGGAAAUGAUGUGAUGAA